AUUAGGGAGAAUUACAAAAUCCAAAAGAACCUAAGAAAUAAAGCUAAGGAGAAAUACUGAGAAAAGAAAGUGCGUGAGAUUUGAUUUGAAACUGCGCAAACACACGGGUUACAGUAUAUUGUAUUGUAGUUAUGGCGACGAAGCUUCCGCAAAUCGCCAUUAUAGGAGCCGGUAUCUUCGUCAAGACUCAGUACCUUCCAAGACUCUCUGAGAUCUCUGAUCUCUUCAUCCUCAAAGCCAUUUGGAGCCGCACCGAGCAAUCGGCUACAGCUGCUGUGGAAAUUGCUCGUCAAAAUUUCCCCAGCGUAGAGUGUAAGUGGGGAGAUAACGGUCUUGAUGACAUCAUCCAGGAUGGAUCAAUAGCUGCAGUUGCUGUGGUUCUGGCUGGUCAUAAUCAGGUUGACAUCUCGUUGAGGAUGCUAAAGGCUGGUAAACAUGUCCUUCAAGAGAAACCUGCAGCAUCUUGUACAAGUGAGUUGAAAACUGCAUUAUCUCAGUACAAAUCUAUUUCUGCUGAUGCUCCAGGCCAAUUAAUUUGGUCCGUGGCUGAAAAUUAUCGAUUUGAGCCUGGCUUAGUGGAGUGCAAGAAACUGAUUGCUGACAUUGGCAAAAUGAUGAGCGUCCAAGUUAUUAUUGAAGGAUCAAUGAACAGCUCAAAUCCCUACUUUUCAAGCUCUUGGAGGCGCAAUUUCACUGGAGGUUUUAUUCUUGAUAUGGGUGUGCAUUUCAUUGCAGGGUUAAGAAUGCUUGUUGGGUGUGAAGUGGUUUCGGUUUCAGCUAUGACAUCUCAUGUAGAUAUGACCUUACCUGCACCAGAUAAUGUAUCAUCUGUCUUUCAUUUGGAGAAUGGAUGUUCAGGAGUAUUUGUAAUGGUUGUCUCCUCCAGAUCACCCAAGACUUUGUGGCGAAUUGUUGGCUUAAAUGGAACCUUGCAAGUUGAGCGUGGAUUCCAAGGAAAACAUGGUUACCUGGUCACGUUAUAUGGUGUCGAUGGACAAAGUAAAAGCUCCUUUUUCCCAUUUAGUGGAGUACUUGAAGAAUUAAAAACUUUUAUUAAUGAUGUAUCUGAAAACUCUCUCAAGAAAGGGAGUCAAUUUGUGGCUGAGCAUCGCCUCUCUUUUGUGGAGGGUGCGAGAGAUGUUGCUGUUUUGGAGGCAAUGCUUGAAUCUGGAGCAAGGCAGGGUGAGAUAGUUCACGUGAAAAAGUUUUGAGGUAAUCAUGGAAUUCCUUUCAUUUGGUCACAUAAUUCAAUAUCUGCAGAAUUUUACUUUAUAAUUUGUAUUCAUCUUGAACAUUGAUGUGAGCAACGCAGUUAAUUGUAGAUGAAUAAGCCGAUAUUUAAAGAAUUACACCAAUCAAUGUGAUUGGAUGAAGUUUUAGGAUUUGUGUAAAUUUAUUGAAAUUAUUGCCGGUAUGCGAUGCAGCUGCAACCUUUAUCAUUAUUAAAAUAUUUUCAUUCUAUCGAAUAAAACGUAGUAAAUAAUCAUUAUAUAU